AUGUUAUCAGCUAAUACAAAAGAUAAUCUCAAACAAAUUCAAGCUAAAUUAUCUUUAUUCGGAUGGAAAAUAAUAUAUGAUUGGUCAUUUUCAUUAGCAGCACUUAUUGCAUAUUAUUUACUUAUUUCAUUAUUACCGCUUAUAGUAAGUAUGUUUGCUGUUGUUAGUUUAAUAUUUAGUAAUGAUACUGAAUUUCAAAAUCGAAUUCGUGAUCGUUUAAUAAAAGCAUUUCCUGAACAAGGUUUUAGUGAUGUACUUGAUCCAUUACUUGAUGCAUUUUCAAAACAAGCUGGUUCAGUAUUUAUAAUUAGUUUUGUGGUGUCAAUAUUUACUGGUUCACGUUUAUUUGUUGGUCUUGAUGAUGUAUUAACAAUAGUAUAUCGUAUACGUGAACGAACAAUAAUUAAUCAAAAUAUUCUUGCAAUUAAAAUGGUUUUAGCUUUUGUAAUUAUAAUGCCAUUUAUUAUUAUAUUUGCAUCAAUCCCAGCUAUUUUACAAAAACACGAAUCAUUUUAUCAAUUUUUAAUAACGUUUUUUAGUUGCAUGUUUGCAUUUAUAUUUUUUCAAUUAAUUUAUAUGAUUUUACCUAAACGACAAAUGAGUUGGAGACAUACAUGGUGUGGUGCUUUAUUUGCAGCUAUAGGUUUACAACUGGUUCUUUUAACUUUUCCAUGGUAUGCACAUGAAUUUAUGGCUGAUUAUGUUGGUCAAUUAGGUUUUGUAAUAGUAAUAUUACUUUUAUUUUAUUUACUUGGUUUAUUAUUGGUUAUUGGUGCACAAAUUAAUGCAUUCUUUUUUGAUUAUAUUCAACCAUUAACAUCUGGUCUUGGAACAUGUUUAUGUGAAUUUGCUGACCGAGAACAAAUACAAUUAACAGAUGAUAAUUUUAGACCAAAUGAUGUAAUCGUUGAAGAAUUGAAUACUACUAAAUAUCAACAACAAUAA